AUGGGUAAGAAGGCUAACAGCAAGUCCAACAAGGCUUCCUCUCAGCACAAAACAUCUUCGUCAUCAUCCAACAAGAAUCAUGAUUCGGAUGGUUGGGAUGAAGUAGCUGCAAUGGCUGCUCAGAAUGAACAAGCAAAAUCAGAGAUUUCAAAGAAUACAACGAGCAAUUCAUCGGUGUCGUCUCCGAUCCAAAAUACAACAACCAGCAGUUCAGCAGGCAAGGAAGAGAACAGCAAUGCUAGCACUACUUCAUCACCAUUUAAUGAACAACAAGUUAGGCAUUUGAUAGAAACGCUCUCUGCCAGAUUGAAAAAAGAAGAAAAGGAAGAAUUGGAGAGAAUCGAACAACAAGCUGUGAAAACAAUAUCGGAAUUGAAGAAUGAGAUUAUUCAGAAGAUGAAUGAUUCAUCCACCAGUGAAACCAAGUUGAAGGUCGUAGAUACCAUUUUGGAUAGACAUUUUUCGGGAACUAUAGCCAAACAAAACACUGAUUUGAAACGAGAGAAUGCAAUUUUAUGUCGUCGAUUGCAAGCCAGUGAGGCAAGAGGGUUGGAGCUGGAGAGACAACUCUCUGUUUUUAAAGAACAAAAUGAAAAGUUGCAACAAUAUUGCACUUUAUUGCAGAGUAGUAAUGACGAAAUACUUAAGGCUUAUGAAAAAACUAAAGCAGAACAUAACGAAAAGUAUGAUGGUUUAAGUAAGAAGUUUUCUGAUGCUCUUGAUGACAUUCGUUCAAAGCUUGACCUACAAGCAAUGGAGAGACUCACGCUCGAAAAAGAAAGGGAAACUUUACAAACCCAAGUCGAGAUUUACAAACAGCAAUUAGAACUAAUUUCAAAACAAAGCCAAACAGAACAAAAACGAGUUGGUCUCGAAAAACAAUUGUUCGAAAGCAAACUCGACGAGCUCAUUGAAACUUUGAAGAAAAAAGAGAAGGAAAACUCAACUCUUAAAAAGAAGGUAGAAGCUGCCAAUCAUGAACGAAAUAUCAUGACAAAACAACUCAAGACUUCCCAAUCCAAAAUGGAUGAGUUUACAAAGACCGUGAAAGAAACAAAGAAUAGCUUUGUGUUAUUCCAAAACAAAAUAACUCAAUUAGAAGAGGAAAACAAAUCUCUAAGAGAAAAGAUGAAAAACCUGCUCGGCAUGAACCACGAACCUCAAGCAGAGUCAAAUGAGAGCAAGAAAAAGAGCAAGAAAAAGUCAGAAGAGUCACAAAAAUCUCCAGUUCAUGAGGAUGCCACACAAUCCACUCCAACAACAGGAUCAUCAACCAUUCCUAACGAAGAAAAUUCAUCAAUCACUAGCACCACUUCUGUACAAUAA